CUUAACAAUUUGAUCCGGAGUUAUAGAGCUCCUCUCUUCCUCUUCUAUUAUCGCCUCCCACUUCAGCAUCUCUCUUUGUAAGGAUGGGAUUCACCAAGGAAGUGGUGCAGCAGCUGAGCCCCGGGGAGGAGGAGGAGGAGGCACGCAUGCUCGCCAUGAGGCUGGUGACGGGAUCCUGCCUCCCAAUGAUUCUCAAUGUGGCCAUCGAGCUCGAGCUCCUCGAGAUCAUCGUCAAGGCUGGCCCCGGCGCCAAGCUGAGUCCCGACGACAUCGCCACCCAGCUGCCCACCGAGAACCCACAGGCGGCCGAUAUGGUAGACCGGAUCCUCCGCCUGCUCGCCGCCAACGGCGUCGUCAGUUUCUCUGUGGAGUCCGGCGACGAUGGGCGCCCCUCGUGCAAGUACGGGGCCACGCCUGUCUGCAAGUACCUGACCAAGAACGAGGACGGCGUGUCCAUGGCCGCUUUCUGCUUGCUGAUCCAUGACAAGGUCACCAUGGAGAGCUGGUACUACAUGAAGGAUGCGGUGUUGGAGGGCGGCAUCCCAUUCAAGAAGGCCCACGGCAUGACGGCGUUCGAGCACCACGGCGGCGAUCCACGGUUCAACAAGCUGUUCAACGACAGCAUGAGGAACCACUCCACCAUCUUGAUCAAGCAACUGCUGGAGACCUACCGCGGCUUCGACGACGUCAAGGUGCUCGUCGACGUCGGCGGCGGGACCGGCGCCACGCUCCACAUGAUCACCUCCAGGCACCCGCACAUCAAGGGCGUCAACUUCGACCUCCCUCUUGUCAUCGCCAGUGCACCGACCAACCCAGAUGUAGAGCACGUAAGCGGCGACAUGUUUGAGAGCAUUCCGGGUGGAGGAGACGCCAUUUUCAUGAAGUGGAUUCUUCACGACUGGACUGAUGAGCAGUGCGCGAGAAUACUAAAGAACUGUUGGAAGGCUUUGCCGGAGGAAGGGAAGGUGAUAGUAGUGGAAUACUUGCUUCCCGUGAUUCCGGAGCCCGAUUCCAGAUCGCAAGGUGUUUUUUUCUUGGACAUCGGGAUGAUGAUACACACUGGAGGGAGAGAGAGGACACAGGAAGAGUUUGAGGCAAUGGCGAAGGAAGCAGGGUUUACAGGGUUCAAGGCCACCUACAUAUCUCUCUAUUCUUGGGUUAUGGAGUUCACAAAGUAGAUAAAAGAAAGAUCUAUGUCAUGUGCUGCUGUAGUAGAGUAGAAGAUAUACAUGCCUUAUGUAUUGCUUUCAGCUCCCUGCUGCCAUAGUAAGCUACCACGAGGUCGAGAGACCUCCGAAUGGACUUUGCUACGCUUUGAAAUCAGACUUUGCGACAGUGCUGUAAUAAGAUUCCAAAAGUUAUAUGUUUAUGAAGGUUUUGCUCGUA